AUGUCGUCUCCUCCAAGCGAUUCGACCGUCACCCUAAGCAGCCUGUCUGACAGCCCUCCGAGGUUAUGCUCGACCCCACCACGUACGACCGGCGUGUACCUCAAUGGCAUGAAUGACGAUCUCGAGUCUCUACAUUGUUACGAGGAGGGAGGUUUUCACCCAGUCCAUCUCGACGACACACUCGGCUCUGCCUGUCGCUAUGAGGUGCUACACAAGCUCGGAUAUGGAGGGUACGGCACGGUGUGGCUUUGCCGCGAUCGGUGGGCUGCGACAUACGUGGCUGUCAAGGCUAAUAUCGCCCAUGCGAGCAAGAAAGAGUCCCCCGAUCUCAAGGUUACGCAGCUGGCUCGCAAGGUCGAAGUUCGCACCAAGCCGAAGAAGCCCCCCGAAUUCUUCCCGAGAUAUCUCAUCAAUGCAGCAAACCUCAGCCGUCUUACCAGCCUAUAUACGACUGGCAAGAUAUGCGUCAUCGGUUUCGGGGAAGCUUACCCUUUCGACUCGCCGCCCGAUCUCUUGGGAAUCCCGAGCGGGUAUCGCCCACACGAGAAGCUAGUCCUUGCCGAUUGCAUCGAGGACGGACCCGAGGAUGAAGCCGCUGUUCUACGGGUGCCCAUCCCUUUCGAGGAGCUCAUUUGCGAAACGGCCGAAGUUGUUGACAGGUUUCCCGAUGCGGUAUGGGAUCAAUGGAAGGGCCGGAGGGAAUGGUUCGACGACGAGGGCAAUUGGCUGGGAAGAUAUGGCGGAGAAGCCGUGUCUUUGUCGGCGCAUCUUGAAAACGCUGAGCGGAAAUGGCUGGGGGCGCUACGGCUGCUUUUCAAAUCCGAGCCCCAGGAGCGCGCCCGCGCCGAGGCGGUAUUGAACGAACUCGUGAGGAUUCUCAAUAGCCAUCUGGUAGGGAAGGGCAUGCAGGCUGUUGAGAUUGGGCCCGACUCUGAUGACCUGUCGUUCAAGCGGCUACUGGACUGA